AUGGCUCUCAGCGCAGGAUCUACUUUGCCAGAGGUGUAUGAGAGCUACGAUGCUAUAGCCCCGGCCAAGUUUGCCGGCAAGCUACAAGGCAAAGUGGUAAGUCACUCAGUCUGUGGGAAAGUUCAUGAAUUCAAGGCUGAUCCACAAUCCAGGCCNAUCGUCACCGGCGCAUCAGCCGGUCUCGGUCGAUACAUCUCCAAGGCAUUUGCUGCUGCCGGUGCAUCUGUCGCUAUUGUCGCCCGUCGCAAACAGGAGCUCCUCGCACUCGUCGAAGAGAUCAAGUCGGCCAACGGCAAGGCCAUCCAUAUCGUCGCAGACGUGAUUGCCAAAGGUGCUGCUCAGAAGAUUGUGGCACAGGUCGAGAAAGAGCUAGGACCCGUGGAUAUUUUGGUCAACAACGCAGGCGUCUCGCGUGUCGGCCCUUUGGAUGGCGAAGACGAGGAUCUGGACAUCUGGUGGCGUGUACACGAAGUCAACGUACGCGCCCCGGUGGCCUUGACUCGUGCAGUGCUGCCUUCAAUGAUUAAGCGCAACACUGGCGUCCUCCUUACCACCGGAUCUGCUGCGGCCACCAUGACACUUCCUGUCAUGACUGCCUAUUUAUCAUCCAAAGCUGCCAUCAGCAAGUUUCAGGAAGGCUUGAGUGCUGAGCUUGAAGGUACCGACAUUGUGUCCUUCUCUGUUCAUCCCGGCUACGUCCAGACAGAGCUAGCCGCUGCCGAGAACGUCAUCAACAAGGAACAAAUGCACCAUCCCGCCGUGCAAUUCCUCUCCCAGAUGAUGGCGAGUAGUGAUAUCAAGUGGCAAAAGCCUGAGCUGUGUGCCGACACAAUGGUCGCUCUUGCUGCUGACCCGCGUUACAAGGUGCUCACUGGUCGUCAUAUCAAUGCUAUUCAGGAGCUUCCUCCUGUUGCUGAGGAGGCAGAAAAGGAAGGCAAAGGCCGUCUUGGUACAGACAGGUUGUACCUCGUCACCGUCCCUACUUUAUAG